ACAAAAAAAAAUUGUAUGGUAAUGACUCAAAAUCUAUUAACUGCUUGAAGUUCUGAGUGUUAUCACUCAAGAAACGUUUUUGUAUUGGUAGAUGUCUUAGGAAGAUUAGAUUUUCAUUGGACUGUUCUCUGUUAGUUGUUGAACUAAUCACUUAACAAUGAUUUUGUCAUCAUUAUAUUAUUAGUAGAUUAAUACUACUUUUCUCCUAAUAUCUUGACUUUCUUUCCUCACUGAUGUAAACAACUCCACUUUACAACAUUAUUGCAAAACAACUCUUAUUAAAUGAUCAGUCCCACACGGAAAGUUCUAUCAUAUACUAACAAAUAUGGUUUUGUCAGCUUUUAACUAAAGAAUGACCUAUUUGUUUUGUAGUAUAUAUCGAAUAAACAUUUUAGCGAGUGGAAUGCAUAUGAUCACUCGACAAAUCUUUCAAAUUGUCGGAAUUAUAACAAACGCAUUUGACACGUACAAAUAUUAGUCACCAACAUACACACUUCACCUAUGCUAACUCCCACAUUUGAACUUAGGUUAUGACACUCUAAUAUUAACCAAUUAGCUACUCGAUAGUGAUAGAUAAUACAUGUAAACAUAUGAAAAUUUUGAUUGCAUUACUUAUAUUAUCAAAGUGCUGACUGCAAUAGAAACUGAAGUUCCAUCGCAUGAGGUCCUUAAUACAUUCUCCAGUGACUAGUAUUUAAUUUUCUAAGAUAUUAUAAUCAUUUAUCAUGAAAUUACUUUCCUAAAAUUAAUUUUAAACUAUGAUUCUUUAUAUGUGAAUCAUUUGACGUAUCUAAUCAUAUUUGAUUUUUUCAAUAUUUAGCAUUUUAUUUUUGCUACUAUAUAGAAUAAUUUUGAAUAUUUAGCAUUUUGUUUAGAUUUGUAAUUUUAUUUACUAAUUUUAAUGAUACUAAUAUUUUAUAUGCAUAUAUAAGAAAUAUAUUUUAUUUCUAGUUGUGAGUACUUUUUCUUAGUCUUAAGUAUAUAUGAAUUGUUAUGAUAUUCUCUAGUUUUUUUUUGAUGGAAAUAAAUCAAGUAAUUCAUACCAAUUAAACAUUUUUAGUUUGAAAAGAUUUUGAUGAUUGUUAAUAUCUUAAAAUGGUGGAAUUCUGUUUUUUUUGGCAGUGGAUAAAACAACAAUCAUGUAGAAAGAUUAAAGUUUACCAAAGAAACAAAAACAGAAGAGCUGAAAAAGAAACAAAUAAGAAAAUAAGGGGCAUUUUCGUACACAACAAAAUUGGUCUCUCUGCUCUGCACAUGCACUCUUUGUAUCAGUCCUUUUAAAGAGAAGGGAGACAGAACAUUCUUUGGAUUUUCUCUCUUUCUCACACAGACAUCAUCCCAUCAUCACCACCCUUUCCUCUUGGACAAUCUCAUUCACAACCUCUCUGUCUCAUCUUUCAUUCUUUUCUUACAUCUUCUUCCAUGGCUUCUUUUGAAACAAGAAUGAACAUGGAUAGAGAAAAAGAAGAGGUCAUAGCAAACGGUGUGAAGAUGAGGGCACUUAUGCAGAAGUUAAGCCCAUCUAUCAGAAUCCCUUCUUCAUCGUCUCCAGCUUCUCGUCAUCUCCACAACCUCUCUGCUCAUGAUUAUCCUGUUUUCACUCCUAGCUAUGGAGAUGAGCCUGUGCCUGCAUUUCAUCGUAAGAAUCUCACAUCAUCUGAGAAUUUGGAUGAGUCUUGUGUUGGAGGUGAAGAUCAAGACUUGAGACAUACUCUCAGAUCCCAAACGUUGCAUUUUAGAUCGGUCUCUUCUUGUAAUGACUACAAACAAAGAGGUUUCGACACCAAGAGCUUCAAGAACUCUAAUCUUGUUGUGCCCUUGACGGAUUCACAUUCAGCUGCUGUUACUUCUCAGCCAAGGAACAGUGGAGGCAGAGUGUUGUCUUGGUUGUUCCCCAAGUUAAAGAGAAAGCACAAGAGCAACUCGAUCUUUAACUCCCCUAGUAGAACCGAGAGAUCAGAGGAAGUUCCUGAGAAGUUGAAGAGAGAGUUGAUGGAAGCAAACAGAAGCAGAGACGCUGCGUUGACACAAGUCUCGGAGAUGAAAUCUUCGUUGAGAGAGUUUAACGAGAAGCUUAAGUACUUGGAAAGUUACUGUGACGGUUUAAAGAAAGCUUUAGUGUCACGAGAGAAGAUGCCAGUGAGUGAAGAUGUGAUGGUUGAAAGGUUCUUGCAGAUUGUAUCCGAAUCAAGAUUAUCGAUAAAACAGUUCUUGAAAUCAUUAGUCGCAGAGAUCGAUGAAGAAGACUCGACUCUGAUUAGUAACAUCAACACUCUCCUUCAACCACACAACUUGUCAUUCACCUCUAAGCACUCCAAGAUCAUUCAGUACCACUUAGAAGCCAUCAUGAGCCAAUCUAUAUACCAAGAUUUCGAGAACUGUGUCUUCCAAAAGAACGGUAAACCGAAGUUUCUUGAUCAAGAACAAGAUCGAAAAGCGAAGUUCUCUUCCUUUGCUUCUUUAAGAAACUUGAGCUGGAACGAGGUAAUGGAAAAGGGUACAAAAUACCACAGCGAAGAGUUCAGUAGAUUCUGCGAUGAGAAGAUGAAUUUGAUCAUUACAACGUUGAAAUGGACAAGACCAUGGUCUGAACAGAUGUUACAAGCGUUUUUUGUCGCUGCAAAAUGUGUCUGGCUGCUUCAUUUGCUUGCCUUCUCGCUCAAGCCAGCGUUAGGGAUCUUGAGGGUGGAGGAGAACAGAGUGUUUGAGUCAAGUUAUAUGGAAGAUAUGGGUGGAGAUAGGGACAGGCAGAGAUCAACAGGGUCAUGUAGACCGGUGCGGGUUAAGGUUAUGGUGAUGCCUGGUUUUUAUGUUCAAGAUAUGGUGUUGAGAUGUAAGGUUAUUUGCAGGUACUAGUCAUAAGGCUAGAAGAGAGUCACACUCUCUUGUUGAUUAUCUCUUGUGUUUCUUCUUAGGCUUUAGUUGUAUCUUGUACAUAUUUGUUUGUUAAGAAUUAUCGUAGGUUAUAAAACUUCACAUUUUUUCUAUGUUAAAAAUUAUCAGAGGCUAGUAUCUCCUGUUGAUAUGCUAUGUUCUUAACAAAGUGACUUAUGAGACAUGAAUAAUGAUCAUUUUUAUUAUUGCA